AUGCCGCUGCGUCCCGGACGGCAGCGACGGCGGAGUCCCGGGCGGCCGACGGAGGGGCGUGCGGGGCCGCGCCGGCCCCCUCCGCCCGCCCCCCGGCGGCCCGGCCCUCGCCCUGUCCCGCCCCGCCUGCGGUUAUGCAACGGCCUCGGAAACUUCGGGUCCGCGGAGUGGACGCGGGCGGCUUCCCGGCGUGGCGGAGCAGGCCCGAGGGGCGUUCCACACAGCCGCGCGGCGGCCGCCGCCACCGCUCCCGCUCCGCUCCGGCCGCCGCCUCUCCCGUCCCGCGCGAAGUUCGCGGAGGCCCUCAGGAAGGCGGCGCUAGGCGGGGCCGCGGCUGGGCCACAACCCCGGUGCCCGCGGCUCCGGUGCCCGCCGGCCUGGCCCCGACCCACGGCCGCCGCGGAGGGCCCGCGGGAGCGGCUGCUCCAGGCCCCGGCCCAGGCCCGCUGCACCUUCCUGUCGUGCCGCAGGGCGAAAAGCGUCGCCUUCGUGCUCAGGGAUCCGUCGGACAUGUUGUCUCCUCACGCCACCGAGAGAACUUCUGUCAACCUCGUUAGCUUUGUUUUUAACCCAUCGUUCAGGAAACUCACGGGUAGUACUAUUAGUUUGGACAGAGACCAGGCUAUGCUGGUUGAUAAGAACUAAGAACACAUCCUCCUCAGUAAUCAGAAUCUAUAUUAGAAAAGUUUCAGGUAGGUCCUUUUCUCUUUCCUCCCUUCCUCCCUUCCUCCCUUCCUCCCUUCCUCCCUUC